AUGAAUUUUACUCGAACUUUAAUCGACCGCUUACACGACAUUCUCACCGACACCUACCUCCAGAUCCUCCCCCAGUUUCUUCUCUCCAAAUCCCUACAGGCUAAAAAGCGCUCCCUCGCAAUCGAUCGUGUGCUCGCGAAAGAUGCGAAACUCCGCCUCCAGCAGUACAACGUCCUACCACUCGGCGAUACUCUCGCCUUAAAUGAUGUCAUCGAGGGUCUAAAAAGCAACCAUGCUCGCAUCACACUCACAGAAAAAGAACGUCUCGAUUACAGACACGACGUAUACCAAGCUGUUGAAACGUGCAUCAAAAUAUUUGUAAAGGUCAUCGAUGAAAAUGAUGAGAUAAGAGACGAAGCAGAGCGCGACAACGAACAUUGGAAGUAUCUGCUGCAGCGGUAUACCUGUGAAGAAGGCAUUUUAGACGAGCGAGCCGCGUGCGCGAUCGAAGCGCUAUGGGGCGAUGAAUCGAUAAAGAACGCGUUCAAAUCCGACGGUGAUGCAGAAUGGAAGGAUUCAGGGUCGUACUUUUUCGAUAAUAUCCUCAGAAUAUCGGGUCAGGAGUAUAUUCCUACCGAGGAAGAUAUAAUCCACUCGCGGAAGGGCUUCCAAGGAGGCAUCAGAGAACUGCAUCUCAAGUGGCGCGAUUUUACGCUGAACGUGCUGAAUGUUCCGCGCAGAGGAGAGAGAUGGAAAUUUCAACAUCAGUUUGACGCUAUUCCGGUCGUUCUGUUUGUGGUUGAUCUAUGUAGGUACGAUCAGGUUGAUUCUGGACUUAAUACGCUUGAGGGUAUGAUUUCGUUGUUUGAGCAGGUGGUGAACAGAGCACAGUGGCGUGACAGAACGUUUGUACUUUUCUUUAGUAAUGUGAGUGGGUUUCAAAAGAAGCUGAGGAAGGUGGGAUUUGGAGAGUAUUUCGAGGACUUUGAGGGAGGAGGUGGAGGAGGAAUGAUUUUUGGGAGGGUGCUUGAGUAUCUGGUGGGGAGGUUCAGGAAGGUCAAUCGGAGCGGUGCGUGGGUGGGAGUGGAGUCUGGGAAUCCGGGGGAUGAAGAGGUUCUGAGAGUAAUGGGAGAUGCUGUGAGGGAUAAGAUAAGGGACCGUGGAAACGGAAAAGGAUGA